AUGCCACGCUCCCGCACCCGCUCUAUCGGGAGCGAAGGCCACGAGCGCCUGGAGCCCCAGUUCCUCCGCGCCGCCGAACAAGACGACCCAAGAGCUCUGGCCAAAAUCAUCGCCCUCGCCCACGAAUAUGGCCAGUUCAGCGACAACUUUCUCCGCGUGGGCCUCAUGCGCAGUGCCGAGCGCGGCAACGUCCCGGCCACCGAAUAUCUGCUCCACGCCGGCGCAAAGACGGACGUCGCGAGCAGCCGCCUCUCGCCGCUGCUCCGUGCUGUCGAACGCGACCAUUACCAGAUCGUGCGGCUGCUCCUGGAUGCGGGUGCAAGCCCCGACUCAACCGACAAGGAGGGCCGGACGGCGCUGAUGACGGCUGCGUGGAAGAACCACGCGGAUGUGCUGCAGCUGCUGAUCAUGCGGGGCGCGAAUAUUGUGGAGUUGCUGCUGCGGACGGAGUGCGAGGUCGACGCGACGGACGAGCUGGGGCGGACCCCGCUGCACUGGGCGUGCGCGACGGGGAACCGCCGGCUGGUGGAGCUGCUGCUUUGCAGGGCGGAUGGGAAGAAGGCGGAUAUCGAUGCGGCGGAGCAGCGGGGGAAGACGGCGCUGCAUAUUGCAGUGAUCCAUGGACGGGUGGAGAUCGUGCAGUUGCUGAUUGCGCAUCAGGCGGCGGUGAAUGCGUGCUCGGAUGGGGCGUGGACGCCGCUUCAUAAUGCGUGCGAUAAUGGGAAUAAGGCCAUUGUGCAGAUUCUGUUGCGCGAGGGCGCGCAUAUCAAUAGUCAGUUGUUGAAUGGUGUGACGCCGUUGCAUCUGUGUGCGCAGGGGGGUCAUGUCGAGGUUGUCGCGUUGUUGCUGGAGCGGCCGGAUUUGAAGAGGAGGGUGAGGGAUAACUUUGGGUCAACGCCUUUCCUGCGCGCGAGCCAGUUCAAGCAAAAGGAGGUGAUCAAGUUGCUUGCGCCGUCGAAUAAUGUGGAUGCGCUACCGGACGAUGUCAAGGAUGCUUGUAAGGCAUUUGAUGCGACGGUGAUCUCGUUCGGAAACUUCAAGAAUGAGAACAAGGUCGAGCGCACGUCGGUGUUUAACCUGCUCUAUGGGAAGGACCCGCAGAAUCCGCAUAAGCAGGCUUUCUCGACGCAGCCGGAUCAGGACCGGGCGACGGAUUUUCGCUGGAUUCAUCUUCCUGCAAAUAACAUGUCGUGGGUUGAGUCCCUGAUCACGAAGAGCUUCAUUGAAGAAGGAGCCCACGACGUCGAAGGAUUCAAGGGGUUGGAAAAGUCGUUCAAUUAUCAACAUCGGGGAAAGAAGGUCCACUCCAAUUUCAUGAGACCGUUGUGCCAGAGUACGCCGCGUCUCAUGAAGGCAAAAGAGGAGAAACCGACGGAUGAUUAUGCCUCGGAAACGGGGCAGUCCACGGCAGAUGGGAGCUCGAGUCGCAAGCACAAGGGGUCUAUCGAUGACGGCUCGAAGAAGCACAAGAACAAGAAUAAUCCAAAGCAAGGGAAAUCUGGAAGCAAUCCCGGGACACCCAAGUCUGAAACAAAGAGCAAAUCGCCAUGGGGCUUCAGCGAUAGAUCUCGAUCGUCUCUUCCGUCAACGACACUCUGUAAGGAGCCUCCAGGCCUGGUCUCAGCAUGUAAUGUCUGUAUGUACAUGCCAUAUCUGCAUUUCGAGACCAUCGAGCGCAGACAGAUGAUGGAGGAAGCCAUUCGACGAGCAGAAACUCUCAGCUUUCAGCCACAAGGCAUCAAGAGGACGCGAACCCGUGACGAAAUGCUGAUAGAAGCACAUCUGUCCACGUCAACGACCUCGCUGCACGUUCGUCGGACGUUGGAUCAAUUUGCGUAUCCCAACAUCGAUACCGCGAGUCGAGACAAGGACCAGGUCGUGUACAGAUACCAGACGAAAGGUCCGGGCCGCGAGGAGGCGGGAAGCCCGAAGAUCUUUAUGGUUGACCAGCUCUGGAUGUGGGUGCUAGGGACGAAUCUGAUCAUUACUAGCUUCCCUAUGCGUUGGGACCAACCCAAGAAUGACCCGCUCAACGUGCUUGACGGGAUCAUUGAGGACAUCAAUUCCAAAACUCGAGACCCCGUGCAAUCGGUCUAUGAUCUAGCGAUCAUCAUCACCAAUCGAUGCUCGGGCGUUUUUGACCGUCACCGUCUGGGCGACGACCAGUACCAGUUUCUUGACAUGUUUGAAAGCAGCAUCGGUAUAGCCACCGAUCGAGAGACAAUUCUAUUCAAUCGCUUCAACAGGGCGUCUGCGCAAGCAUCGAAGUGGCUGAAAACACAUCGCAAGCUCAACCGUUCUUCCCGCAUUUAUCGUGCGCGGAGUGGCUCCUCAGAUGAGAAUUCUGAUGACGACGAGCGCGUCCACCAUGAUGGCUCGCCUUUGUUUGUGGAUGACCUCCUGGAUAUUGGUAAAGAGACCGAUCUACUUUCCGAGGCCAAGGAUAUCCGGGAUGAGCUUAACAUGAUAAACACCGUUCUGGAACACCAGAGAAAUGUCCUGCGAGACCUUGAAGAGGUCAUUUGCGAUAUCUAUUACGGCCAACAUCGCUCGCAGCACGAGGUCAAAAAGCGCUUCAAGGAUCAACAACGCAUGAUCGAUAUGCACAUCAAAGAUAUUGAGCGCAUGGAUAAACAAACAGCCCGUAUCUACGACUCCAUCACUGACCUCCUUGACCUCAAACAGAAACACGCCAAUGUCUACGAGGCUCGCUUCGCCCGCGACCAAGCCGCCGGAACCAAUCGCCAAGGCAAGAUUAUCAUGGUGUUCACCAUCGUCACGAUCAUCUUCCUGCCCCUAUCCUUCAUUGCCUCCGUCUUCACCAUCAACAUGAAGGAAUUCUCAGACCUGGAUCUUCCGUACGUGGCCAAAUACACGUUCGGAAUUGGAUUCGCCAUCUCAAUCCCGCUUAUCCUCGUCGCCCUCUCCGUCGAUGAUAUCGGCGACUUCUUCAACUACAGCCGGAGCUGGCUCUCGGGCAAAAGAAAACGAACGAACGUCCCGGAUAGCAAAGACGACUACCAGGAUCUCGAGUUCAAGAAGAACAUUAGUGUCGCCAGGUCGCGCAGAAGUGGGGACGGCUAUGGGCCUGGUCUGUUUCCCACGUCGACGCGCGGCACGGGGUCGUCGCCGCGACCGGAGAUUUAUGUAAAUGGGCGCGCGAAUGCGCUCAGGAAAAGUUUUGAAGUUUCUCAGAGUUUGGACUAUAGGCGUUGA